AUUGUUUACUUUAAAUCAAUGUAAUCAACAUGAAAUGUGAUCAUAAAUGUGUUUCUGAAAUUUGGAAAAUAUAUGGAGUUGAAUAUCUUGCAUAAUUAUCCAUCAAGUUAAGAAAAAUGUCUUUAAUGAAAAGCCCCCGUAGAAGUUUGAAGGCAACUGCUCCUCGGUUUUUACAACCUCUCUCCGUGAAGGAUGAAGAAGACGUCCGCACUUUGGAGUGUCGAGUUGAUGGAUAUCCCAGGCCGGACAUUUUCUGGGAAAAAUCUGGCAGAGCAGUUGGAAAAUCUAGAAGAAUACAUAUGACUCGAUCCGGAGACAGGUGCCUACUGCAGAUCAAGAUGCCUCAGUUGGAAGACAACGGCUUGUACAGCUGUAUAGCGACAAACAACGUAGGGAGGGCAUCUACGCAGAUGAAAGUGUCCUCGCCCUUUUCUUCUUCAAGACGGAUGAAUGGUGCCUCUCUAAGACUUAAUUCUACUAAAAUAAACGGAAUUCAAGCAAGAAUACUAGAGUUUUCUACUCUUGAACGAGCUGGAGAAAGUUUCGUUGCCCAAAGUGAAACUGGUCGAAUCAUGUUUCGAAAGCGUUCACAAAGUGGAGGGGCGAAAACUCGCCAGGACAAUCUUAGUUUACCCUCUAAACCCAAACAACCAACUUUUACAAGCCAUAUAAUUAAGAACUCGAACGAUAAAGUUUCAAACCCGCCAACCACGAACGGAAAUGUUGAGAAUUCAAUAAACUUAGAAAAGAAACGUCUUUGUAAGUCUAUGGAGGAUUGUAGAAAGGUUAAAAAGAGCUUCUUUAAUCGAGUUAAAAUCCCUGAUAUUUUCAAUUCUUCACAAAAUUAUGAAAACAAAAGUUCCAGCUUACGUUCACAUGUAUUACAGCCAUCCCAAAAAGUGAAUGGUGUUUUUAAAAGUCAUAGAACAAAUUGUACUGACGCAUCUCAAAAAUAUUUAUUUACAAGUAGUGUAAAUUUGUCAAUAAAUAUUGAAAAUCAAGAUUUGCAAAAGGAUAAUGACGGAAAUCAUGAGCGUACUUCAAAAAAUGAUAGGCAAGAAGACUUAGCUCAGAACAUUGCUAGAACUAUAAAAGAUGGCUCAAAUGAAAUUAUUAGUGAUUCGGACACGUGUUCGAACAACUCUUGUCAAAAUAGUAUUGAAAAUAAAGAAUAUAGAAAUGACACGGGAACGUAUAAUAAUAGUUCUUCUAAAUUGGAAUCAGAAUUCAAUCAAAGUCCCCGUAGUCUGAAAUCUAAAACAAUUAAUAACGAACUCUUAAACUGCGUUAAUGCAACAACAAAUUCUGACUGCAUUGAAACACCGACACCCCUAACAACUCGAGAAAGAAUAGCAGCUUAUUUAAAGAAAUUCGAAACUUCGAAUUCCUCAAAAUCGAAAGACUUAACUUCGGAUAAAAUAAAUAAAAGUGCCAAAAGUAAAGAAUAUGGACGUAGCAGCUUAAAAACACCAGCGCCAACAGAAAACGAUUCUAAAUUUUUCAGUUUUUCAAAAUUCAAAAGAAGAAAAAGCAGUUCUGAUGCCAACAAAAAGAACAGUAUUACCGAAAUACCUAAUACGAUAUCAGAAAUGGAAGACCACCCGCAAGCAACUACGUGUUUAGAGAAUUAUGAAAAAGAGCCGUCCAUAAAACUUCCAUUUCAGACAAAAGAUACGAUAUUUAUAGAUCAUAAUUCUUCUGUACCUGGUCAUCCGGAAGACAAAAGACUUGUUAAAGGCGAUGUAAGUGAAUGCGUGACAGAGGGCAAUGCGGAAUCUGAACCAGGGAAUGUAUGUUUGGAGGAAAUCGAUCUGAGCAGUUUGACAUUCGAUCGUAUCGAUGUCAGUCUCCUAGAAGAACUUGAUCCUUUUCAAACGGUAGCUCAAGAACGGAUGCAUUUGACAGCAGAUAAUGAGGACAAGUCUAAAGAGACUCUAUCUGAUGCAUCGGAAAUCUCAAUCGAAAAGGAUGACAUAAAGAUUGAAGUACCCUCUAUUAAAAUAGAAGUGAGUGCUGAGGACAAUGAAGAAGACAAUGAGAUGCGGGAAGAUAACGAGGAAAUCGUAAAUUCCAAUCAGGAUCUUUCAAAAUACUCCAAGGGAAGAAUAACUUCUGAGGCUGCAUUGGUCAACAAACUGUCAAGGGGAAUUUGGCAUACCAGUCCUUCGAUAGAAGAGGAAUGUGAGGCGGUGUUUGAUAAAUGUGAGGAGAUUCAUCCACCUGAAAUCCUGGAGACAGAUCAACAGGCUGAAUUAUCGCUCGAAGCAAGUCCAGCGAGAAUUGUGAAAGGACCCCAGAGUGUGACCGUCUUGAGGGGGGAGUCCGUUACUUUGGCGAUCAGUUUCACAGGAUCUCCCUCCCCACAAGUUAUCUGGAUGAAAGGGGGACGAAUUCUCACGAGUAACGGGCGCUUAUCUAUAUUAGAUGGAAGAGAAAUGUCCGUAGUUACAGUUAACGAAGUGACCGCAGACGAUAGUGGUAAAUAUGUGGUCAGUGUUGAGAAUGAAGGAGGUGGUGAUUCUUGCUUCGCAUCAGUUGCAGUUGUGGGUUUCCCAGAACCACCAGGUGGAGAACCAACAGCCAAUGAAGUGACGGAUCAUUCACUUGUUCUCAGUUGGUAUGGUUCCAUGUAUGAUGGAGGAAGCGUUGUGACAGGCUAUCAGGUGGAAAUGUGCACAUUGCCCAGUAAGACGUGGCAGAAAGUGGUUUCAUCUGUAAACACUAGUUGCUCCGUUCAGGGUUUGUCAAAGGGUCAGCGAUACGUAUUUAGAGUUAGGGCAGAAAAUCGCUAUGGUUUGAGUCACCCAAGUAAAGAGUCUAAAGUCAUUUGUUUGGACGAUUUCCUUAUGGAUAGUUCUUCAGAUGAAGAACUAACUGAAGAGAAACCUGCUGAAAUUACUGUAGAUAACGGGACUGAGUUUUCGGAUCGCUUCGAUAUAAAGGAAGAAGUUGGAAAAGGACGGUUUGGAACUGUGUACAGAUGUGUGGAGAAAUCGUGUGGACGUCCUCGAGCUGCAAAGAUAAUUCGCUGUUUGAAGAUAAAAGAUAAAGAAAAGGUGAAGCAGGAAAUAGAGAUAAUGAGUAGGCUUCAUCAUCCCAAACUCAUGCAAGUUCUGGCUGCAUUCGAGAGUGGUCGGAACAUGAUCAUGGUUAUGGAGUACAUUUCAGGUGGAGAACUAUUUGAGCGUGUAAUAGCUGAUGAUUUUAUCCUAACUGAACAAGACUGCGUCCUCUUCAUGAGACAGAUAUGUGAUGGAGUAUCUUAUAUGCACAGAAACAAUGUCAUACAUCUAGAUUUGAAACCGGAAAAUAUACUUUGCAAGACUAGAACAUCACACAAAAUAAAAAUAAUCGACUUUGGAUUGGCCAGAUUUUACAAGUCCGAGGAAAGUUUACGUGUUCUUUUUGGUACUCCUGAAUUUGUUGCACCAGAAGUUAUAAAUUAUGAACCAGUGUGUCCUUCAAGUGAUAUGUGGAGCGUUGGGGUCAUCUGUUAUGUAUUAAUUUCAGGACUCUCACCAUUUAUGGGAGAAUCUGAUACGGAAACGUUUGCCAACAUAACGAGAGGAGAGAUGGAUUUUGACGAUGAAGCUUUCGAUGAUAUUUCAGAAGAUGCUAAGGACUUCAUUUCAAAACUACUCGUCAAGAGAGUCAAAGCUCGAAUGAGUGCCGAAGAGUGCUUGAAACAUUCUUGGUUGGCGACCGCCACUUCAGUUCAAAAGCGACCAUUGUCUACGGAGAAAUUGAAGCGUUUCAUUAUAAGGCGAAAGUGGCAAAAAUCGGGAACAGCCAUCCGAGCACUGGGACGGAUGGUAUCCUUGUCCCGUUCUUCCAUCGGCAGUAGCUGUGAUUCUCCCCUGGGUUCUCCCAUCAGCUCCAGAUCAGGGUCAUCUAGGAUAUCUCGAAGUGAGACCGCGGAAUCCGGGGAAAGCGACAUUUUCCAGGAUCUCUCAAGAUGACCUACUCGAUGACCGAUUUAAAAGGGAAUGCAUAAGCUUCUACAGCGUGGGGAAGCCAUCAAGUUCAGUGACACCCGCGCUUCUAGUUAAAAUGGGAUAUUUUCGAAACGUAUAUAUUUUUUUUAAAAUAAAAAAUCCACUUCUGGAAUCUAUAUUGUAGUAUCCUGUUUGAUGUGUGACGUAACUGUUGAGAAGUGUGCUUCGUUUGAUGCUACUGCAGAAAGAGCUUGGGAUUUCUUGUUGCAACUGUUUGUAUUGUCACGAGACCUUCGUUGUAUGCAAUAUAUCUUGUUUGAUAUGUGAUGUAACUGUUGAGAGUUGUUUCGUAUACUACUGCAGAAACAGUUUUCAAUUUACAACUGUUGCUUCAGUUUUAAUGUCAUAUUUUAAUUAUUGAACUGUAUUAAAGUAACUAUCGUUCCAAA